CAACUUUACAACACAACAUUUUUCACACAAAUUUUUCGAUCGAGAUGUUUUUACGCGUUUCGAAGUAAAAUUAAAGAAAUUCUGCUGGAAAAACAAUCGAAACGCUUGUGAAAAUAUUAGAAAAACGUUUUUCAAACGCAAAGGAGUGAGUGUGAGAGAGAGGAGAACUAGUAAACAAACAAUUGAACAUACCUUUGCAGUGUUGCAUUUUUUAUGAAAACGUCAUCUUUCAGCAAAACAAGACAACAGAAACGAACAAAAGUGCUAAAGAAAUAAUAAUAAAAAAACCAUAGUGUCCGUGCAACAUUAACCAAGAAGAAGCGCAAGAGUAGCAGCAGCAAAAGGUGCACAAAAUGACUCAAAUUCUACCCAUACGCUUUCAGGAGCAUUUACAGCUCACAAAUGUCGGUAUUAAUAUCAAUUCGAUAUCGUUCAGUACUCUCACCAUGGAGUCGGACAAAUUUAUUUGUGUGCGUGAAAAGGUCAAUGAUACCGCACAAGUGGUCAUCAUCGAUAUGAAUGACACAAACAAUCCGACAAGACGUCCAAUUUCAGCCGAUUCGGCCAUCAUGAAUCCAGCUAGCAAAGUCAUUGCACUCAAAGCGCAAAAAACUUUGCAAAUUUUCAACAUCGAAAUGAAAUCGAAAAUGAAGGCCCAUACCAUGACCGAAGACGUAGUCUUUUGGAAAUGGAUAUCCUUGAAUACACUGGCUUUGGUGACAGAGACCUCGGUGUAUCACUGGUCCAUGGAGGGUGAUUCGACGCCCCAUAAAAUGUUCGAUAGACAUUCCUCAUUAAAUGGUUGCCAAAUCAUCAACUAUCGUUGCAAUCCCAAUCAACAAUGGCUGCUGUUGGUGGGUAUUUCGGCCUUGCCAAAUCGUGUGGCUGGUGCUAUGCAAUUGUAUUCGGUCGAGCGUAAGGUGUCACAGGCUAUUGAAGGACAUGCCGCCGCUUUUGCCUCGUUCAAAAUGGAGGGCAACAAGGAACCUUCAACAUUGUUCUGCUUUGCCGUACGCACUGCUACCGGUGGCAAAUUGCACAUCAUUGAAGUUGGCGCUCCCCCAACCGGCAAUCAGCCGUUUGUCAAGAAAUCGGUGGAUGUAUUCUUCCCACCCGAGGCGCAAAGUGAUUUUCCGGUAGCAAUGCAAGUUUCCUCUAAAUAUGAUACCAUCUAUUUGAUUACCAAAUAUGGUUAUAUUCAUCUUUAUGACAUGGAAACCGGCACCUGCAUCUACAUGAAUCGCAUAUCGGCCGAUACGAUUUUUGUUACGGCCCCACAUGAGUCGAGUGGUGGUAUUAUUGGUGUCAAUCGCAAGGGCCAAGUGUUGUCGGUCACGGUGGACGAGGAACAAAUUAUACCCUACAUCAAUACGGUAUUACAAAAUCCCGAUUUGGCCCUACGCAUGGCUGUGCGCAAUAAUUUGUCCGGUGCCGAGGAGUUGUUUGUGCGAAAAUUCAAUAAACUUUUUACGGCUGGACAAUAUGCCGAAGCUGCCAAGGUGGCUGCCCUGGCACCAAAGGGUAUUUUGAGAACACCCCAAACCAUACAGCGUUUCCAACAGGUACAAACUCCUGCUGGUUCCACCACACCCCCUCUAUUGCAAUAUUUUGGCAUCCUCUUGGAUCAGGGUAAAUUGAAUAAAUAUGAAUCCCUGGAAUUGUGUCGUCCGGUAUUGUUGCAAGGCAAGAAGCAACUUUGCGAGAAAUGGCUAAAGGAGGAGAAACUGGAAUGCAGCGAGGAAUUGGGUGAUUUGGUCAAAACAUCAGAUCUCACCUUGGCCCUGUCCAUUUAUCUGAGGGCCAAUGUACCCAAUAAGGUCAUACAAUGUUUCGCCGAAACUGGCCAGUUCCAAAAGAUAGUAUUAUAUGCCAAAAAGGUGAACUAUACCCCUGACUAUAUAUUCCUCUUGCGUUCUGUGAUGCGCACCAAUCCAGAACAGGGUGCCGGCUUUGCCACAAUGUUGGUGGCCGAGGAAGAGCCAUUGGCUGAUAUCAAUCAAAUCGUUGACAUUUUCAUGGAACACUCAAUGGUGCAGCAGUGCACAGCCUUUUUGUUGGAUGCUCUCAAACACAAUCGUCCCAAUGAGGGAGCCUUGCAGACACGUCUGCUGGAAAUGAAUUUGAUUUCUGCCCCGCAGGUGGCUGAUGCCAUUUUGGGUAAUGCCAUGUUCACCCACUACGACAGGGCCCACAUUGCCCAAUUGUGUGAGAAGGCCGGUUUGUUGCAGCGUGCAUUGGAACACUACACCGAUUUGUAUGACAUCAAGCGUGCCGUGGUGCACACCCAUCUCUUGAAUGCCGACUGGUUGGUUGGCUUCUUUGGCACCCUGUCCGUUGAGGAUUCCUUGGAAUGCCUCAAGGCCAUGUUGACCGCCAACAUUAGGCAAAAUCUACAAAUUUGUGUUCAAAUCGCUACCAAAUAUCACGAACAAUUGACCACCAAAGCUUUGAUUGACCUCUUCGAAAGCUUUAAAUCCUAUGAGGGUUUGUUCUAUUUCCUGGGUUCCAUUGUAAAUUACUCCCAAGAUCCCGAGGUGCACUUCAAGUAUAUCCAGGCGGCCUGUAAGACCAACCAAAUCAAAGAAGUCGAACGUAUUUGUCGUGAAUCGAAUUGCUACAAUGCUGAGCGUGUGAAGAAUUUCCUCAAGGAGGCCAAACUGAGCGAUCAAUUGCCCUUGAUUAUUGUUUGUGAUCGUUUCGAUUUUGUCCAUGAUUUGGUCUUGUAUUUGUAUCGCAACAAUUUGCAAAAGUAUAUUGAGAUCUAUGUGCAGAAGGUGAAUCCAUCCCGAUUGCCUGUAGUUGUGGGUGGUCUGCUCGAUGUGGAUUGUUCGGAGGACAUCAUUAAGAAUUUGAUUUUGGUCGUUAAGGGACAAUUCUCCACCGAUGAAUUGGUGGAAGAGGUUGAGAAACGUAAUCGCCUGAAGCUGUUGUUGCCCUGGUUGGAGUCCCGUGUCCAUGAGGGAUGCAUUGAACCUGCCACCCACAAUGCCUUGGCCAAAAUCUACAUUGAUUCGAAUAACAAUCCCGAACGUUUCUUGAAGGAGAACCAAUACUACGACAGCCGUGUUGUGGGUCGUUACUGUGAAAAACGUGAUCCCCACUUGGCCUGUGUGGCCUAUGAGCGCGGCCAAUGCGAUCGUGAAUUGAUUGCAGUCUGCAAUGAAAACUCGCUGUUCAAGAGUGAGGCCCGUUAUCUGGUGCGCAGACGUGAUGCUGAAUUGUGGGCCGAGGUCUUGGCCGAAUCGAAUCCCUACAAACGCCAACUUAUCGAUCAAGUGGUGCAGACCGCCCUCUCCGAAACUCAAGAUCCCGAUGACAUUUCUGUUACCGUCAAGGCCUUUAUGACCGCCGAUUUGCCAAAUGAACUCAUCGAAUUGUUGGAGAAGAUUAUUUUGGACUCGUCAGUAUUUUCCGAUCAUCGUAAUUUGCAAAAUCUUUUGAUUUUGACGGCCAUCAAGGCUGAUCGCACCCGUGUCAUGGACUAUAUUAAUCGUUUGGACAACUAUGAUGCCCCCGACAUAGCCAACAUUGCUAUCUCGAAUCAGCUGUACGAAGAAGCCUUUGCCAUCUUCAAGAAAUUCGAUGUCAAUACCUCGGCCAUUCAGGUUUUGAUUGAACAGGUCAACAAUUUGGAGCGGGCCUAUGAAUUUGCCGAAAGAUGUAAUGAGCCUGCCGUUUGGUCGCAACUGGCCAAGGCCCAAUUGGACAAGGGUUUGGUCAAGGAAGCCAUCGAUUCGUACAUCAAGGCCGAUGAUCCCAGUGCCUAUAUGGAUGUGGUGUCUGUGGCCUCCCAGUCCGAUUCGUGGGAAGAUUUGGUGCGUUACUUGCAAAUGGCCCGCAAGAAGGCCCGCGAAUCAUACAUUGAAAGUGAAUUGAUCUACGCCUAUGCCCGCACAGGUCGUCUGGCCGAUUUGGAGGAAUUCAUUUCUGGGCCCAAUCAUGCCGACAUCCAAAAGAUCGGUGACAGAUGUUUCAACGAUGGCAUGUACGAUGCUGCCAAACUGCUCUACAACAAUGUCAGCAACUUUGCCCGAUUGGCCAUUACACUGGUCUAUCUGAAAGAGUUCCAGGGGGCCGUUGACUCAGCCCGCAAAGCCAAUUCCACACGCACCUGGAAGGAAGUGUGUUUCGCCUGUGUCGAUGCCGAAGAAUUCCGUCUGGCUCAAAUGUGCGGUCUACACAUUGUCGUCCAUGCCGACGAACUGGAGGACUUGAUCAACUACUAUCAGGAUCGUGGCUACUUUGAGGAACUCAUAGCCCUACUCGAAUCCGCCUUGGGUCUGGAACGUGCCCACAUGGGCAUGUUCACCGAAUUGGCUAUUUUGUAUUCGAAAUUCAAGCCAUCGAAAAUGCGCGAACAUUUAGAAUUGUUCUGGUCUCGUGUGAAUAUUCCCAAGGUUUUGAGAGCAGCCGAAUCGGCUCACCUUUGGUCUGAGUUGGUAUUCCUUUAUGAUAAAUACGAGGAGUACGAUAACGCUGUUCUGGCUAUGAUGGCACAUCCCACCGAAGCCUGGCGUGAAGGUCACUUCAAAGAUAUUAUCACAAAGGUUGCCAACAUCGAGCUCUACUACAAGGCAAUUCAAUUCUAUUUGGACUAUAAACCACUGUUACUCAAUGACAUUCUGUUGGUAUUGGCACCUCGCAUGGAUCACACACGGGCCGUAUCGUUCUUUGGCAAGACCGGACAUUUGGCCCUGGUCAAACCCUAUUUGCGUUCCGUACAAUCGCUCAACAAUAAGGCCAUUAAUGAGGCACUGAACGGUCUGCUGAUUGAGGAGGAAGAUUAUCAGGGCUUGAGGAAUUCGAUUGAUGGUUUCGAUAAUUUCGAUACGAUUGCAUUGGCCCAGAAAUUGGAGAAACAUGAAUUAACUGAAUUUAGACGUAUUGCUGCUUAUCUGUAUAAAGGCAACAACCGCUGGAAACAAUCAGUUGAAUUGUGUAAAAAGGAUCGCCUGUACAAGGAUGCUAUGGAAUAUGCCGCCGAAUCGGGUAAACAAGAGAUUGCCGAAGAACUGCUGGCCUGGUUCCUCGAACGUAAUGCGUACGACUGUUUUGCUGCCUGUUUAUUCCAAUGUUACGACUUGUUAAGACCCGAUGUUAUUAUGGAAUUAGCAUGGAAACACAAUAUUCUGGACUUUGCCAUGCCUUAUCUAAUUCAAGUUAUACGUGAAUAUACCGCCAAAGUGGACAAACUCGAACAGAACGAAGCGCGACGAGAGAAGGAAGACGAAACUGUCGAACAUAAAAACAUUAUUAGCAUGGAACCUCAAUUAAUGAUCACAGCCGGUCCUGGUAUGGGUAUACCGCCACAGUAUGCUCAAGGUUAUGCGACUGCUGGACAGGCGCCUGGUUAUGCGCCCAACAUGGCCUAUCCCGGCUAUGGAAUGUAGGCUCCUUUUUGUCAUUCGUUAAACUAUGUGUAAAAAACAAAAACAAACAAACAACUUUUAAGAACCACGAAUUAAAAUAACAAUAACAAAAACAACAACAAAAAACAUCAACACAACAAACAUCAUUAAUGUUAACGAUAAAACAAAAAAAAAAAAAACAACAACAAGAUUCCAUGUUUAAUAUAAUUAAUUAUUAUUACUAUUAUUAUUGCAUAUUAUAAUUUUUUCUUUACAAAAAAAAAAACACACAAGAUAUAAGUUCAAUUCCAAAACCAACAAAAGUUAAACAAACACUAGACCUCUCAUAUAUAUAUUACACACAACACCACAUACCUACCAUCAUUAUUACAAAACAAAAAUGUUUAAAAUUUCUCAAAAAAAUUCAAGAUUUUGUUUGAAAUUUACUAAAACAAAUAUAUAUAUGUAUGUUGGUUUCUUUCCCCCGUUUGUUUGUCUUAACUUCCAUUUUGGAUUAUGUUUGUGGAUUUAGCAUAUAUAUACAUAUUUUGAUAACUGUUUGAUUUUCUUCCUUAUUUCCUCCUCCCCCUCCCCGUCGUUUUUUUAUUUGUAUUUAUGUUUGCAUUACAAAUACCGCAAAAAAAUAAUAAAUUUAUAAUUUAUCUCGUCGUUGACUCUCGUCACCACGUUGGCUGGCAUUGGAGAAUUGAAUGCAAAACAUUAUUUAAUCUAGAGAAGAAACAGACAAAAAAAAAACAACAAAAAACAAAACGAACAUAGUUUGAGAAUAUACAUUUAUUAUAUUAUUAUAAUUUUUUAUUUUACUUUUUAUUCUCUUUAAAUAAGUUUAAAAUUAAUUAAAAAAUUUAAACAAAAAAUAAUUAGUAAUGCCGCUCCAUCAACAAAAAAAAACAAA